AACCUUUUCAACAACUAGGUUUUCAUUUUUGUCUAAUUUACUCAGCCAAGGGAUGUUUUAGUAUUUUUUGUGCAUCAGUUAUUUUCAGUAUUAUCAAUAGAUAGCUGCCAUGGACCUGUAGCUGCAAUAGAUGCCAUUGGUGGCAGGUUCUUACUAAGAAAAUAUCCACCACUGUGCAGCCUUUUCAUAUUCGAUGAAAAUGUGUAUUUUUUUUUUUCUUUUUUAUUUCUUAUGUCUAUACUCUCAGCACAGAGUGAGUCUCUUCACGCAGCUCAAAAACCCUUUAUUUGCAGUACACCGGAAGCUACAUCGCUGCUAUGUGUUGCUACCUUUACAGACCUGCGGGGUUUUUUUCAGACCACGCCCCCUCCUAGCUAAAACACAACCCCGUUAAGAAAAUCUUGCAGACACGCCCAUCGCAAAGACUUACUCUUUUCCCAUUGGUCACUUUUAGCUGGGCUGUUAAGUGAUUGGCUAAAUUUGUUCGUUGACGUCAACACGGGUUGCCUUCUUCAGUUGCCUGAAAGCGAAUCGGUCUCUCGCGCUUCAGUAUUUAUUAAAGAAAACAAGCCAACUAUCAACGCUAAAAGUUGGUUCAUAUACCCUAAGAACAUUCUUUAACAAACGAAUUAAAUAAUAGCUAUAUAAUAACUCCAGAAGAUGGCGGAAACGAAUCAAUGAGCCAGCCGAGGGAAAGCGUCGAAGAAGAAGGAGGAGCGCACUGCGCAUGUGUAAACGAGUGUGGUUUUAUUUAUUUCAAACAUGGCUCUCGUUCCCUAUGUAGAAAACCCAUUGCCUGCGCUUUCCAAACUCCACAAUUCAUCAGCACAGUUUAGGUUUGCCAACCGCGACCUCCGACUCGCUCAGGACUGGAAAAAGCUCGGUGUGGCGGCAGUUGUGUGGGAUGCGGCGGUGGUCAUGUGUAUGUACUUGGAGCUGGGAAGAGUGGAGCUAAAGGGGAAGAAAGCAAUUGAAUUGGGAGCUGGCACUGGUCUGGUGGGCAUUGUAGCAGCUCUGCUAGGUGCCAGAGUGACCAUCACUGACAGAGAGCCUGCGCUGGACUUCCUCUCUGCUAACGUGAAAGCAAACCUGCCCCCAGAUUCCCAACAAUCAGUGGUGGUCUCUGAGUUGACCUGGGGCGAGGGCCUCGAGCGAUACCCAGCUGGAGGGUUUGAUGUGGUUCUGGGUGCGGAUAUCAUUUACCUGGAGGACACAUUUUUGCCUCUGCUGGAAACGCUGGAGCACCUGAGCUCAGACGCCACUGUGGUGUUACUGGCCUGCAAGCUCCGCUAUGAGCGAGACACGAACUUCCUAGGCAUGCUUAAGCAGCACUUCACCGUCGAAGAAGUCCACUACGACAAACAAAGAGACAUACACCUAUACAAAGCUUGCAAACUGACACGGAAGAGAGACUUGUGACCAUUUGUUCGUUUUAAUAUAUGAAAUAAAAUGUUUUAAAAUCAGA